AUGGCAAGUGAGGAAGAGAGUUUUCUUACCUUAGUGCAUUGCUCUGGGAAAAUCCAAAAAAACAAAAGAUAUGGUGAGAAGUUCACUGAUAGAGAACCACUAAGUGUUUUCAUCAGUUCAUCAAGCACUUUGUCAGAUUUGAAGAACAGCAUCUUGCAUAAGUUUGGGGUGUUUGGUAGCAAGUGGGUGAAGAAGCUAUUCUACAAGAUUUCCAUCGCAGUUGUCUCGACCGGUGUUAAGUAUGAUACCUUUGUACUAGCGGCUGAUGAAGAUAUUAGGGUUCUGUUCCAUUGUGUUAGGAGUUUUCCAGAGGUCAGAAUACACGAGUUGUUCGCGAAGUUGGAGGUUGGUGUCGAUAGUUCUGGGGCAUCAGCUCCAGUUCAUAGCUCGACUGCCGCGGGCGGUGCGUCUAGUUCGAUGCCUACGGUGAGACCAUCCGUUCUGCUGGUAGCAUCCCCUUUAUUUGCGGCUGAUUUAGAUCGAACAGAGGUUGUUGGUUCUGUAUCUUUGGAGAAUGCAGGGGUCUUUGAGCAGGCGUAUGAAGUGGGCACCGGUGGUGGCUUGCUACUUGAUAUGCAAGGCUUUGGAGAACCUGAUCGAGUAGAGAAUGCAAUGUGUGACGAUGACUCUGACCAGGAGCAUGUAGAUAUCAUUGGGGACAGCGAUGAUGACACAGGUGCCAAUCCACAUGCACAGCAUGGGCCUUCAAGUUCUGGCACUCAACAGUACCCUCCACAUUUCUCCACACUAAACUUAGAGGCUCUAGGUCCACAGGCGGACUGUGGUCCUACAAUUGGGGGAUCUUCUACAGAAUUUCAGAUUGGACAAUCAUUCCGGAAUAAAGAUGAGGCUAUGCUGAGUGUGAAGGACUAUAGCAUCCGCCGAGGUAUUGAGUACAGAGUCAUCGAAUUAGAUCAUUUUAAGUAUCAUGGAAAAUGCAAGGAGUUCGGCAAGGGUUGUACUUGGUUGAUUCGCGUAGAGCUGUGUGCACGAAAGGGCACUUGGGAGGUUAGGAGGUACAACGGGCCACAUACUUGCUUGGCAACCUCUAUUUCCAGUGAUCACCGUCAGCUGGAUUACCACGUUAUCUGUGCGAGGAUUCUUCUGUUGGUUAGGGCAGAUGCUGCGGUGACGGUAAAGGUAUUGCAACAAGCUACAGAAGCCGAUUACGGUUUCAAGCCUAGUUACAGGAAGGUUUGGAUGGCGAAGCAGAAGGCAGUGGCACAAAUAUAUGGAGAUUGGGAAGAGUCGUAUGCGGAGUUGCCACGUUGGAUGCUAGGGGUACAGUCAACCAUGCCUGGGACAGUUUCUGUGUUGAAGACCUCUCCUGUUCGGGUUGGGGGUACCCACUUGUAUGGCAAGUAUGGAGGGACGCUGCUGCUGGCGAUAGCGCAGGAUGGGAACUCGAACAUCCUCCCGAUAGCCUUCGCCCUUUUGGAGGGAGAAAACGCAGAGUCAUGGUCAUUCUUCUUGUCCAACCUACCAGCGCAUGUGACGCUACAGGAGGGUAUCCUUGUUAUCUCUGACAGGCAUAAUGGCAUAAAGGCAGCACUUGAGGCCCCUGAGACUGGAUGA